GGAGCGGUGCGCUGCCGCCGCCGCCGCCGCCGCCGCCGCUGCUGCUGCCCGGGCUCCUGCCCGCCGCUCACCUGCGCAGGCUCUAUGGACCGGAGCUCGAAGAGGAGGCAAGUGAAGCCUUUGGCAGCUUCGCUGCUGGAAGCUUUAGAUUAUGAUAGCUCUGAUGACAGUGAUUUUAAGGUUGGAGAUGCUUCAGAUUCUGAAGGAAGUGGUCAUGGGAGUGAAGAUGCUUCAAAGGACAGUGGUGAAGGUUCCUGUACUGAAUCAGAAGAAAAUAUCUUGGAGGAGGAACCAGCAGAAGAGAAAGUAGAAGAGCAACAGCCAAAAAGUUCCAUUGAAGAAGAGGUGCCAACAGCAGACAAGGAGGUAAUUAAAACUGAAAAGAAAGAUCAGGAAGAAGAAGAAGAGAAGCCAAAAAAGAAGAAGGAGAAAGAGAAAGCAGCUGAACCUGAUGCUGUGGCUGAUGAGCAAACAAAUGAACCAAAAAAAUGGAAUUUGCGCCGGAACCGACCUUUGCUGGAUUUUGUAUCCAUGGAAGAACUAAAUGAUAUGGAUGAUUAUGAUAGUGAAGAUGAUAAUGACUGGCGACCUACUGCUGAGAAGAGAAAAGGAAAAAAUACGCUACGAAAAGAGGGAAGUGAUGGAGAGAAUGAGGAUGAUGAAGAUGAUGGGAGUGGAAGUGAUGAGGAUGACAAUGAUGAGGAAGGUAAUGAAGAAGAUAAUAGCAGCACAGCUAGUGAUGGAGGAUCCAAGAAGAAGAAGAGUAAAGUUCUUAACAGGAAUAAUGCAGAUGAUGAAGAACUGACUAAUGAUAGCCUGGCUCUUUCACAAAGCAAGAGUAAUGAGGACUCAUUGAUCCUUGAGAAGUCUCAAAAUUGGAGUUCCCAGAAAAUGGACCAUAUUCUGAUUUGUUGCGUUUGUCUUGGAGAUAACAGUGAAGAUGCUGAUGAAAUAAUCCAGUGUGACAACUGUGGAAUAACAGUGCAUGAAGGCUGCUAUGGUGUUGAUGGAGAGAGUGAUUCUAUUAUGAGCUCAGCUUCAGAAAAUUCCACUGAACCUUGGUUCUGUGAUGCAUGCAAAUGUGGUGUCACACCUAGUUGUGAACUGUGUCCGAACCAGGAUGGCAUCUUCAAGGAGACAGAUGCAGGCAGGUGGGUCCAUAUUGUCUGUGCCCUCUAUGUUCCAGGAGUAGCAUUUGGAGAUAUUGACAAAUUACGGCCAGUAACACUCACAGAAAUGAAUUAUUCAAAGUAUGGUGCCAAGGAAUGCAGUUUCUGUGAAGAUCCUCGUUUUGCCAGAACUGGUGUUUGCAUUAGUUGCGAUGCUGGGAUGUGCAGAGCUUACUUCCAUGUGACCUGUGCUCAGAAGGAAGGCUUGCUCUCAGAAGCGGCAGCAGAGGAGGAUAUAGCCGAUCCUUUUUUUGCUUAUUGUAAACAGCAUGCAGACAGGUUAGACAGAAAAUGGAAACGGAAGAACUACUUGGCAUUGCAAUCUUACUGUAAAAUGUCCUUGCAGGAAAGAGAGAAACAGCUCUCCCCAGAAGCCCAGGCUCGCAUCAAUGCCAGACUACAGCAGUAUCGUGCCAAGGCAGAACUGGCUCGUACCACCAGGCCUCAGGCCUGGGUCCCCAGGGAGAAGCUACCACGACCACUUACUAGCAGUGCUUCAGCCAUACGUAAGCUUAUGCGCAAAGCUGAAUUAAUGGGUAUUAGUACAGACAUUUUUCCAGUGGAUACUUCAGAUACCAGUACCAGUGUUGAUGGAAGAAGAAAACAUAAACAACCAGCUCUCACUGCUGAUUUUGUGAAUUAUUACCUUGAGAGAAAUAUGCGCAUGAUUCAAAUUCAGGAGAACAUGGCUGAACAGAAGAAUAUCAAGGAUAAAUUAGAAAAUGAGCAGGAAAAGCUUCAUGUGGAAUAUAAUAAGCUAUGUGAAUCCCUGGAAGAAUUACAAAAUAUGAACGGAAAACUACGAAAUGAAGGGCAAGGCAUUUGGGCUCUGCUGGGUAGAAUCAUUGGACAGAAAUUGAACAUACCAGCAAUUUUACGUGCUCCGAAGGAAAGAAAACCGAGUAAAAAGGAAGGAGGAACACAAAAGACGUCUACACUUACAGCUGUGCUUUAUAGUUGUGGAAUUUGCAAGAAGAACCAUGAUCAACACCUACUUUUAUUGUGUGAUACUUGUAAACUCCAUUAUCAUCUUGGUUGCCUGGAUCCACCUCUUACAAGGAUGCCAAGGAAGACUAAGAACAGUUACUGGCAGUGCUCAGAGUGUGACCAGGCAGGUAGCAGUGACAUGGAAGCUGAUAUUGCCAUGGAAACCUUACCAGAUGGGACCAAAAGAUCAAGGAGGCAGAUUAAGGAACCAGUGAAAUUUGUUCCACAGGAUGUGCCACCUGAACCGAAGAAAAUUCCAAUCAGGAACACGAGAACUAGAGGACGAAAACGAAGCUUUGUGCCUGAAGAAGAAAAACCUGAGGAACGAAUUCCUAGAGAAAGAAGACAAAGGCAGUCUGUUCUGCAGAAGAAGCCCAAGUCAGAGGAUUUAAGGACUGAGUGUGCUACAUGUAAAGGAACCGGAGACAAUGAAAAUCUAGUCAGAUGUGAUGAAUGCAGGCUCUGCUACCAUUUUGGUUGUCUAGACCCUCCCUUAAAAAAGUCUCCCAAGCAGACUGGCUAUGGAUGGAUUUGUCAGGAAUGUGACUCUACGUCCUCCAAAUAGAUGCAAAUAGAAAAUAUACCAAAUGGGAUGAAGGGGAGGAAGGAAAUGAAUAUUUUGAGGGAAUUGCAUCCACACUUACAUGGAGUGCAAAGACGUCUCUUAGAAGAUUUAUCCAGAAGUCUGAUAGAGCUGGAUACACCUUUGAUUUCCCACCUCCUACCAUUCGUUGUCAACUUUGAGCUCUGCUGACCUGAACUUAAAAAACAAAACAAAACAAAAUAAAAACUGUGCUGAGGGUCUAAGACUCAGAAUUUAACCGGCUAUGCUUUUGUGUCCCCUGCCAAGAAGGGUCUAACUGGUGCCAAGACUCUAGCAAGCAAGUCCCUCCCAGGACUAGAAGAUCUGAUUUGUUACUUAUUUGUGUCAACAUGUAAUUCAAAUACUAUUUUUUGCAGAAGUGUGAUUGAUUCAAGUUAAUGCAAUUGUGAUAUCUUAAACUGUGUGAAUAUUUAGGUAAUAUAAAAAGAGCCACAGUUGGAAACAGAACUGUUUCCUUGCAUGAGCAUGAUAGUAUGUCUACUUGUAUUUCAUAUUUCCUCUUUUCUUCAAGGUUUUAUAAGUCCAAGAAAUGUCAUGUUCUAGAGCUUUGAUCAAAAUCAGAAUUUUACAGGAAAAAUGUAAUUACUGAACAUUCAGAAUGUAUGUGUUUAUGUCACACUUAUAUUUCCCUAACUAAUCAAUAUAUUUUCAGGAGCCUGGAAAUACCAUUUACAUAAUUGUGGUUUCUUUUCAUAAUUUGUUAAUUAAUGUAAUUAAAUACUGUGGUUCAUUAGAAAGUUAUCUAUUGGUCUAUCUGUCUGUCUGCCUAUUCGAAAUGCAGAUAUGUGGCCUUCCAUAUAUAGGCUGGAAAAUACAAUAAUGUUACAAUGAAAUUGGAAGGGCAUAAGCACCAAAAAAGAUACAUAUUAAAUAGUUCAAUUCAUUGUGUAGCUUACGUAUGUGUAUACAUUACAGAAGUAGUAUGUGUACAUAUUACAGGAAAAGUCAUGUCCUUCGUUGUUACAGGUGAGGCCUUCCGGUGUCAUGUUUGUUAUGAUACAAGGCCAUGUAGAAAGAAAGCAGAGGUAUCUUUGCAAAGUCAGUCUGGUAUAUUGUGAUAUAAAUAAUAUUUAGGGAAGCCAAGAAAGUAAUUUUAAUACUGUUUGUUUUAAAGUACUUAUUUCCAUUUAACAGUAAAAACAUACAGUAAAAACAUUGUUUUAGAUCAAUAGUAUAGAUUUUAUGCCUUUCCUUUACAAAAAUAAAUAAUGGUGAUUUUUUUCAGUUUAUUUCAUUUGUCUGAAUAUCAGCUGACGUACUAGAAUUCUUACUAGAACUAUUGCCCAUUUGGUCAUGUACUCGUUAAGCACUGAGAAUAAGCUUUACAAAAACUUUCACUUGCACCUUACAGCAUUUUUACUAUUCUACCUUACAUGGAUGGAUCGUAUUCCACUUACUGAAUAUAUUCAGAUCUGAAAACCGUACUUCACAUGUUGCUUAUCUGGCUCAGAAUGACACCGAGUGACUCUCAUACAUAUGUUCAGUUCCUAUUCUGUUUUCCUAAGAAGUGACAGCAGUGUGAGAAAAGAUAAUAAAUCCAUGUAAUUGGAAUGAGAGGAUUAUAUUCUCACAUCUCUUUAUGAAUAAUAAAGUAUAAUUCAUUUCCAUCUAUCUCCUUAAAAACGGAAGACUUACAUUAGCUAGUUGGUCCUUAAGAGAAGGAUGGCGAAGCUGCUUUGGAAGAAGACAUUCUAGACCUGAUGGGGGAAGAGAAUCUGUGUAGUGCUCGUGCUGUUGAGACAAAUAUAGGAGUAUGUGUUCACGAAGUAACAGUUUUUCAGACCAUUUUUGAAGACCAUUAUUUAUUAAUUACCUCUAAAAAAAUAUGAUUUAAAAAUGUUGCCUUCAUUAUUUGGCCACAAGUAAUAGCAGUGUAAUAAAAACAUUCUUAGCAGAAUUUAAGACGAGAAAUCACCUGAACCAAAGAAUCUAGACAAGUUCAUCAUUUUUCUCUAACAGAAAUGGCCGUUAAUUUAAUUUUUGAAAGUAGCAUUUUCUGGAAACAGAGAGUUUCUGGAAACAUACUGUGAUGAUAAAUACACGCCGAUGUUUUAACUUUCUAGGCCUCAAAGAGAAAACAAAGUAAUACUACUCCGUACUCAUAGAGUCAGCUCUUGGCUAACUGGCCCAACAACAAGAGAUAGUCUAGUCAGCAUGGUUAACCAGGACACCCACUGAGGAGGCCUCUGGGGGGAAGGACGUGCUCCCUGCGUCAAGCCAGCUCUGCUAGGGCGCAGUUGGGAUGAACAGGGUGCAGUGGUCACUGGAGGGGCUUCCAGCGCGUGGGGCUUUUGUACGAUCAGCGCUGAAGAGUCAGAUUGUUAUUAGCACUAUGCCAGAAAUGUUUCUCCUGUAGUUCACCAUGUUGAGCCACCACAUUGAUACUCUUCUGUGUAUCUUUGAGUUAAGGCAAAAAAUAGUGCCUUAUUAUUCCUGUCAUAGAAUUAACUGAAAACUGCCUUUUUUAUAAAGUCUUCCUGCUACUGAACCUUAAACUUAAGAUGGUAGACUACAGAACAGGAUGGAAUAUUUUGUUUCUAAGAUAUAAGGAGGAGUUGCAACAAAAAGGGCAUAAAGAGCUGUGUUUGGAAUAAGUUCAGAGGCAUUAUUUUUACAAGGAUUCAACAGAAAAUUUAUAUGAAGUAAGGAUGCCAGGGUAUGCCCCCUCCAGGCCCAAAGAGAUUUUUCCUGCUUUCUAACCUCCGAUAAUGGCUCCAUGUAAUAAUUCUUUUAAUAAUUCUUAUGGUCUUCUCUGUGAUUCUUAGUGCAAUUUAGUGAUGGAUGUUGGGGCAUAGCAUUCACCCUUUGCCCAUCAGAUAUUCAAAACAUAUUCACUGGGCUAAGCUGCAAAUGCUGAAUGUUAUCAGUAAGAAAUUUGAGUUUAUUUUUUAGAGAUCAUUAUGUUCAAAAACUUAAUAAUGAGCUUUGCAGCUUGCAGUUUCCAAAAGUGUAAUCUUGAUUUCCUUGCAGUUAAUGACUCUAGAGAGAAAGAAAGUGAUAUAUCAAAAGCGCAUAUUCUGCUUACUAAGCAGUGACAUCUAAAAUAUCUUCCAUAAUGAGCACUACAACAAGCACAGUAGAGAUGGGACCGAUUAGUAGAUAUUUUUCUCUGUAGUAAAAUAUCUCAGUCUGUGCAAUUAUCAGAACCAUGAUAUGAAGUAGUGGAGAUAUUAAAGGAUUUUUUAUUUUGACUGAUCUGUUCUAGUGAUGUUGCACUGGAAA